AAAUAAUCCGCCAUGGCUAAGAAAAGGGAAAAAGAAAGCUAUGGAUACUUUGGCGAAAACGGUCCAUUGAAAUUUCACCAAAACACUUUUGGGCUCUGACGGUGGGUUGUAGCUUCUUAAUCCAAAUCCUUGUAGCUUCGAUCUUCAAAGGAAGAAUGAGGGCUUCGAUCAAACGUCCGCCCACGCCAGACGCAGAAGACGAAGAUCAAGAUCGAGAGCCAACUCUUCCAGAAAUUAUCAACAUCAAAUUGAUUGAGAGUGGAGAGAAAGAACGAUUGAAGGAGCUUUUGAGGGAAAGACUUAUCGAGUGUGGAUGGAAAGAUGAAAUGAAGUCUCUUUGCAGAUCAUUUACAAGGAAGAAAGGAAGAAGUAAUGUAACUGUUGAUGACCUUGUUCAUCUCAUUACCCCCAAGGGCAGAGCUGCGGUUCCUGAUUCAGUAAAAGCCGAGCUAUUGCAAAGAAUCCGAUCUUUUCUUCAAUCAGCAGCUCUCUGAUUUCUAUGGAUGUCGCCAUGGUCUUGCCGUUGUUUCUCUGCUACAUUUACGUUCGUUCUGAAUUGUUAGAGAAAACGUCAUAUGACGUCGACCCAUAACGACGAAAAGUGGAAAACUAUUCGAGGAUAAUUUUGAUACCGUUACUCGAGAAUGUGGUGUGGCUUAUGGUUUGGUAGUUUGUGUUGUACAAUUUGAGAAGCUGGUUUUUCUCAUCUUCUUUUAUGUGGAUUAAUGUUCUUUUUUGUUUGGUCAUACGUAUUAUGCGGUUUCUCGUCAUCA